UAUUUGCCUGACAUAUUGAUCUUAAAGUUAAGCGUUAUACUAAGUUUACCAAACAACGAGCAUUUGAUUUGUAGUCACUCAUAUCGAUAAGGUCUUGUUGGCUUGAACAUGUUGAAAUUUAGCCUGGAUUGCCAAUCUACGCUACAGCAAGAGGUGAUAGAUAAGAAAUUUGAGAGCUAAUUUGCAACCUGAUCAUUGAUCACCUCGAAACAAUUCAAAACAAAAUAAAAAUGAAUCUGAACAGCUUCUCAUCCAGAUUGCUUUGUCUUCCCAUCUUUUUCAGCACAUUUUCUUUUGGAUGCAGUAGAGUGGGAACCUUAACCAAGAAAUCUUGUCGCAACGUUUUUAGUCUCGGUGAUGAAAACUGUCACCAUCUAUAUGUUGGGCGACGUCAAACCGAGGAUCUGGCUCUGAGUUUAAACAUUGGACCAAAUCCCAAUGCAGUCCUGGUUCCGGUCGAGAUUGCUCGAGCUAUGGCCGUACUCAUUCAAGCAACUGGAGUUCUUGCCCGGAGUGCCGAACAUCAGCAGCGAAUUGAGGAGGUUCGUUGCUAUGUGUUAAGUGCCACCUCUCGAUUGAGCGAGUCCGUUUUGAGAGUGCCUCGGAGGAGGAAGACUCAUCGCCAUCUAGUCAAUCCCUUAUUAGUGGACCCACCACUCAUGGAAACCCGGAGACGCAUUUUUGCAGACAUGGAUCUCCAAGCUGAUGUCAAUUACACCCGGCGAGCGUUUUGCUGGUACGAUUUCGAGAUCACCAACCUGAACUUGGCAAACCAGGAGUCCGCAGCCACCUCUAUCCAAGAUUGGAUGUCCACCCAAGUGAAAGCAAUUCAAUCCCAUUUGGCGAUUCCGAUUGACUCUCACACCAUGCCAAAGAACGACAUUGUCUCGACCAAAACCAAGGCCGUGGUCCUCAGCACCAUUGGCCUUAACAUCCCAUGGAGAGAAGAUCUCUUCCCUGCCACCAAGACCAGGACCCACGAUUUUCAUCUCAAUGCCAAGGAGAAAGUGACGAUCCCGAUGUUGCGAAGUAUACCGGGCAACUUCAAUAUAUUACAAACUCAAUUGUUCGUUUCCGUGGCCGUCCCACUAUCUCGGAAUCUUUCCCACAUUGGUGGUGGAUCGUUAAUCCUCGUUCGACCCCAUAACCACUCGUUAAUCGAGCAAAUUCGAGACGAUCUCUUCCAAACCUCUGUCCAACUCCACGCUUUCAUGGAGAAUGCCAAGAAUGCCAAAUUGAUCAACACCACUUUGGUUGUUCCUCGAUUGAGUCUACCCAUUUCCCAAGAAUGGAUCUCUCGGGCCACCCAAGUGAACAAGAACCAAUCCUUGACCCAAGAAGGAAACCAAGACGAGGCUAACAUGAUUCUUUUAGGUGGAACGGUUCAAGUACGCCAAGAUGUAUGGCUAUAUUUCCAAGAAAACACGAGACCACCUCAUGUUCCCGACUCUACGCUCCGACCAAGUGCCGCUAACGAAUCUUUGGAGAGUGAGGAAUUUCAUUUGGAUGUGCCAUUCUUGUUUGUUCUUGCCUUGGAUAUAGACGUGGUUGCGUUUGGACAAGUCUCCAAUCCUCAAGGGGGUUCCAAGAUCACAAGUGUUCCAACAAAGGGAACCAAUAAACCCACCGAACCAUCCCCCGCACCGUCUUGGCUUCAAUCUAUAUUUGGAUGAAAGAAGGGUUCCCAACGCUUCACUUGCCUAAUUUAAGUAGUUAUGAAAAUAUCAAGUCUGGUUGUUUUCUCUCACACAAAAUUGUUACAGAAGGUCUCCUGUGAAGCUUUUAUUAAUAAACAAAUUGUAAUACCUCUC